GCGGUGCAGUCAACCGAUAACUUCCAAACAAUCAACAUUAAACGCAUCUAAUACAACAAAAUCAACGCAACAUACAACUUAAAAAAAAAAUUUGUAAAUUUCGUACAGAAAUUUUCAUCAUUGUAAUCGAAGCUGAUUUCUUUUGAGAAUUUUUCCUUGCUAAUUGAUUUAUUUGAAGAGUUUCAUAAAAGAAUUAUAAUUAAUUCGAUUGUGGGUGCAUAGACCGCGUGUUUUUUGCUUUGAAGAUAUUCAAGUGGAAAUGUUAAGCUGGAGGGUUUUGAUCUGCGUAAUUACUAUUACAGCAUUGCACGAGAGCCAGUCGGCGCGUCUACCGUUCUUACGACCAGCGCACAUCGGUGAGACCAAUGGGGUAGCAGACGGAGGCACGGAGAUGAGGGAAGUGAACCUGGGCCGCGUGAGGGAGGGUGUACCUCCCCCCCUGUGCGCCGGCAGGUGUGCAGCGCCCCCCGCCGGCCCUGUGUGCGCGUUUGAUGCCACGGGGACAGCUAGAACCUUUGCUACGCUCUGCGAACUUGAAGCUGUGUCGUGUCGUGAAAGCACUUAUUACGCCAUCACGAGCCUCGGGGAAUGUUGACCAGUCUGGAUAAAAGUUUAUUGAAAAUUUUCUUUUUAUUUUUAAAAGUGACGAGUUUUUAGUUAAUGUAUCUCUAUUUUCAUAUACGAUGCAGUAUCUCGUUUUUUUUAGUUAAAAAUAUGAAGUUCCUCCCCAAAAUCUUUAGGGUAAAUUUUUCCAAAUUGAAAGUAAGUCAUUUAAGGGUAAUAUUUUUGUGCUUAGUAUUAAAGUAUGACGUAGAUUAAGCUUAUUUCUAUUUAUUGUACAAAGUACGUGUUACUUGCCUACGUUUGCAAUAUCUUUGUCAACUUUUUCAAAGUUCAAUAAAGUAUGUGAGCUUA